CUACAACAAUGUUCCGUUCCCUCCUCACUCUCACAAAACUCGCUUCUCCACAAUACAUCUUCCCAACCGUCGACCCUAAAAUCGACGGUGAGGAAUGUCGCCACGACUGCGCCGAUUGCACGGUGAAAUGGCCGUCCAAGGUGAAAAUCGACACCACACUCCCGAUGUACGGGUACAUCAAACAAUUCCAUGCGCAUGUACUCGUGGCAACAGGGAAGACGGAUUGGAUCGGGAAGGUAGAGCAGGAGAAAGGGAGUUUGAUGGAGGCGUUUAAGUCUGAUGGGGGGAAGUCGAAGCAGGGAAGAAUAAUGGUUUCCGCAUCGAAUCUCACUCCGCCAGAGAGUGAAAACGGAGAGAUUGAUUCGGGGAAGACGACCGUGUUACUUUUACCAUCUUUUACUUUCGUGGAUGGUGUUGGCUACGGAGAUGUCCGACAUGUCGUGGAUACGUUUAUUGAUAACCCGAAACAAGAAUCCCCGUUGUCGUCACGACCCUGUCCUCAUGACUACGUUGUUCUUCUCUGCUCCCAUCAACGACGCGAUGCCCGCUGUGGGAUCACAGCGCCAUUGAUUAAAAAGGAGCUGGAGCGCCAUCUGCGCGGGCACGGACUGUACCGGGAUCUGGAUGAUGAGCGACCCGGGGGUGUGGGGAUUUACUUUGUUUCUCAUGUUGGGGGGCACAAGUUUGCGGCCAAUGUUUUGAUUUAUCGGAAGAAGGAGCAGCAGAUGAUUUGGUUGGGGAGGGUGAAGCCGGAGCAUUGUGAGGGGCUGGUGAAGUAUACCAUUCUUCAGGGGAAGGUGGUGCAUCCGGAUUCGCAGUUGAGGGGUGGGUUUGAUCGCAUGAAGGGGUUGACUAGUUGGUGA